AUGGCGGCAAAUUCAGCAGACCGCUUACCAAGAGCGCUGGAUUGCUCAGAUUUGGCAAAAGAAUGGCCAAAAUGGAAGCAGCAGUUUCACAUCUUUAUGAUUGCGAAUAACAAAAUCAACGAGGACGAGCGGAACAAGAUCGCGAUCUUUUUAUGGCUAGUUGGUGAUCAUGGAGUUGAAAUAUACAACACAUUAUUUCCCAGCAACGGAGACAUGAAGGCAAUGUUCGGUGAAAUUGUCGAAAACAAUACAAAAAAAGAUGAUAAGGGAGAUGCUGCUAAAAAAGAAGAAAUAGGCAGAACAUUGGAUGACGUCAUUACUGCUUUUGAUUCUUACUGUCUUCCAAGAAAAAAUUUGGCCAUCGAAGCGUUCAAAUUCAACUUCAUAGAGCAGAAAGAAAAUCAACCCUUUGCAGAGUUUGAAACGGCACUACGAAAACAAAUGGCAUUUUGCGAAUUUGAGUGUGCAAAUUGUCACGCAUCCUAUGCUGACCGAAUGCUUCGUGAUCGUAUUAUAGUCGGCAUCCAGAAUAAAACGUUGCAGCUAAAAUUGUUGGAUGCAAAAGAUGAGCCGCUUAAAAACGUCGUAGAAAUGUGUAAAACGUAUGAGGCUGCAUCAAAACACAAGCAGCUAAUUCAGACCAACGAUGUACAUCACCUCAAUAGUGUAGAAAAAGAUGCUGGAAAUUGGAAAAUAGACACAAUUCAGCGUAGUGAACUUCAUAAGGCAAGCUGCUAUAACUGUGGACAACCUUUUAACGGGAGUCAUCGUCGUUAUUGUCCUGCAAAGAAUGUGACCUGUAACAAUUGCGGAAAGCGGGGACAUUUCAUGAAAUUCUGCAAAGCUCCGAAGAUCAACAGUGACAUCUCACGAGAACCGGUACGAACAACGCAUGAAGUGAAGCAAAGGAACGACAAAGAUGUAAACAUGAUCGCGUGGGCUGAUUCAGAGUAAACUGUAACGUAGCAACAGUGGGUUCCAAUUACAAAUGGACUAAACGAUACCUAAUUCAGGACUGGCCAGUGGAAUUUAAGCUUGAUACCGGUGCAGAUGUCAAUUGCAUUCCUGUUAGCGUGGUUACCCGUAUGAACUUACCGUUGUCGAAAGAGCGUACAUUUAAUGUUGUGGAUUAUAAUAAUAAUCGUAUACAAAUACACGGUCAGAUUCGUCUUACUUGUGUUGACGAAGAAACCAAAAA